CAUCUUUGUUUGCUUGGAUUUUAUCAAAACUUUGCUUCACUUGGAAGGAUAACUGGUGGUCUUAAGCAACCAUUAAGGUUUCAGUUUCUCAGAUCCAGAGGAAGGAGGGAGCCUUUGGGUUACUACCACCCUCUGAAGCGGUCAGCAUGAUCCCAAACCAGAAUCUGAUCUGGGAAAUGGCAGGCUCUCCUGUCUUGCUUAAUGCACCUAAAACAUCAGGAUUUGGAAACUCAGGGAAGAGUUUUCUUAUUGACAAUUUGCUGAGAGCAGGGGCUUCUCAGACAGUCCCCAGGGUGCCUGCAAGUCCAACACCAGUGAAACUGUGUCCAAAUGUGGAACAAAGCAGCCCAACAGGAGGUCCAUAUAGUACAAGAUGGGUUUCUCAACUUGUUAACCCCGAAGACAGGAGCUGCGUCCAGUCACUAAACAGAGAUUGUAUCCUUCAGCCUCAAACAGGUAAAACUCUGGUGACAAGUUUCUUACCAAGAGGUCCGCAGUUUCUUCUGGCAUGCUGUGGUGGGUCCUUCCCCCCCUCUACCUCCCCCACUGCUUUUUCAAAAGGAGCAAGUAGUAUGACACUGUGGUCACAUGGAACAAAUACGAAGUCACGCAGAGGUAUCCUGAGGAGAGCAGUCUUCUCCGAGGAACAGAGGAAGGAGCUGGAGAUGACAUUUGAGAGACAGAAAUAUAUCAGCAAGACAGACAGAAACAAACUGGCAAGUCAACUUGGAUUAAAAGAAUCUCAGGUGAAGAUCUGGUUCCAAAACCGGAGAAUGAAGUGGAGAAACUCCAAAGAAAAAGAAACGUUUUGCCUGAAAUCCACUGGAGAAGAGCAAUCAGUAAGGAAUGACCUCUUCAGAGAGGAACUGCAGGUGGAAACUGUAUGCAGUAGGGUCAAGGAAAUGGACAAAGUAAAAAAGAAAAUGUCACAUUCCAACAAAAUCAGAUCAUCUGCAUUUCAGUCUGUACCAAUUUGUAAACACGCAAACAUUAACACACAGCUAUUACAUAAAGCCAAUUUUAUUCAAAGUUCCACUUAAUGAGGAAAACAAAUCCUACUUUUUAAAAAUGAAAAGGUCUUUCUCAUAUUCAUUUACAAAGCACUUCAUCAAAUAAAAAAGCUUACAGUUACUAACCUAACUAACAAUACCUAAGUUUGCUUCCACUUGCACAUUUGUAGUACUUCAGCAGCUGACACCUAAUAAAAUAUUUAUACUGUGAAUGGAAUAUUAAUAUAAUAUCUGAUUAAAAUAUAUUUUCAAAAUCGUGUGCUAGUUCCAUCUGAAGAUUUCAUUUUCCCAACUCUUUACUGACCUCUUCUGGGGAAGAGUGAAAGUUUGUAUGGAUUAAAAGUUUCAACUAUGUAAAAUGUUAAGGAAAAUUUCCAUUAAUGGGGUGAUGGAGGAAAAUGACCUUUUUACAUAAAUACAAAAACUUUCCCAGAAAAUGUUGGUGUUAUACUUCCAUUUGUAUGUGAAAUGUAAUUGGAUUCUGAUAUUUUGGUACAGCUGCUGUGACUUGAAAUACAUUUUUUUAGAUCUCCUCGGUUCUAAUGUGCUUUUGUCCAAAGGCCAUAAAAGAGUCUUGGCACUUAGGCAUUUCCAUGCUAGUAUUUAAGAACAUAUGAAAGGUUACAAAUAAGAGGAGGCCAUUCAGUCCAUUGAGCUCAUUUGCUUGUAGCUAAUUGAUAUUGCAUCUUACUCCAGGCAUUUUUUAAAGGAUCCAAAGGUACCAGCUUAAGUAAUGUUCCUUGGUAGCUUGAUACAGAACAUAAACCCCUCAAAGGGGGCUUCCCGUUCUAGGUUUUAAACAUUUUUCCUCACAAUUUCCAUUUGUGUCCUGUGGUUUACGUUUCACUGUCAAUUUUGUCCUUUGGGUUCACUUGGUUGGUGUCUUUGAGGAUUUUAAUUACUUAAACCAUGUUCUUUUGUAGUUGUCUCUGUUCAAUACUAAAAGGAUUCAGCUAUUUCAGUGUAGAAAAUUCCUUCAAGUUCAAGAAUGUACCUGAUUGCUGUUCUUUGGACAGAUUUACAGAACAGUAACAUUUUUCAUUUAAAAUUUAAGAAUAUUUUGGAAAUGGUAAAUUUACUUAAUUUAAGAAACAUAAUUUAA